ACCAUAUAACAUAUGGUAAAGAUGGAAGCAAUAAACAAAAAAGUAACAAAAGAAAGCUAGCUGUCCACUGCCUUUGCCUUUACUUUUCUUUUAAAACUCACUCUUCCAAACACAAUUUCAAUAGAUAUUAAACAUCCUUAAGAUUCAUCAAAUCUCAACAUCUGAAAUCAAAGAAGCUUAAAGAAGGGUCAAGAAGAAGAAAGAAAGUUAUACUACAAAUUAACACAAUGAAAGGUAGAAAGUGUAAAGAAGUUCCUUCAACAGAUCUAUUAGUCUGUUUUCCUUCUAGAGCUCAUCUAACACUUAUGCCAAGUCCAGCAAGUCACCAUCAUCAACACCAUUUAAAGAGAUGUAGCACCAGAGGUAUUGGGCCAGCAGCUGGCCAAGCAAGUCCUAUGCUAUGGGCCAAAUCAAAGAGAAGUGAGAUUUCAGAGCCAACUUCUCCAAAAGUUACAUGUGCUGGGCAGAUUAAAGUAAGGCGGCAUAAACCCAAAUCAUGCAAGAAUUGGCAGUCAGUUAUGGAAGAGAUUGAGAAGCUACAUAUCAAAAAACAUAAACCUGCUUGGAUUGAUUCACUUGGAAUUAAAAAGGAUGUAAUGCAAUUCUUGACUUGUUUGCGUAAUGUAAGGUUUGAUUUUAGGUGCUUUGGUUCAUUUUCUGCAGCAGCAACUGAUAUUAUCACUUCUGAUGAUGAGGAAGAAGAAGAUGAAGAGUUGCAUGAAAAUGAUAAUGAAGCUUUCUCCAGAACUGUAUUCUCUAAGUGGUUCAUGGUUUUGCAAGAAAACCAGAAUACAGAGGAAACAGAGAAAAAAAAGGUUUAUUAUAAUAGUAAUAAUGAAGCAGAGGCGGAUCCAGGAUUUAAUGAUCAUGUUCCUUUAUGUGCACCACCACCCAAUGCACUUUUGCUCAUGCGUUGUCGUUCUGCUCCUGCAAAAAGCUGGCUUGAGCAAAAACAAGAAGAAGAAAAAGAAGAAGAGCAUGAUUAUGUAGAAGAAAAGAAUGCAAAAUCAGCAAUGGAAGAUUUAGAGAGUACUAAAAAGAAAAAUAAGAACUUAGUGGUGAUGAGAUAUGGGAGUGAUUUCUACAAAUUUUCAUCAGAUAUAGCAAAGGAGACUUGGGUUGUGGGUGAAGUAAAAGGUCCAUUAUCAAGAAGUCUAAGUUCGAAGAGGUAAUUAGUAUCAUGAUCAAAUACAAGGUCAUUGCUCUUUGGCCAAAUAUUUCCCUUUGUUAUGAACUUUGGUUAAGUUUCUUCAAAUAGCAUUUAAAUUUUUUACAUUUUCUGAAUUAUGCUUUGGUAAUUUGAACUAUGAAGAAGGGAGCUUUUGGUAUUUGAUCCUUCUCGGGGCUCACAAAGCUAGAAUUGUACUUAGAUGUAUAGUACUUUCUUUCUUUUAUCUCUUGUUGUUUAGUGAACCAAUGUACAAUCUUGGGAUAUAUUCUUAUGGAGAUGAUUUACAUAUUUUGUUG